AUGAGUCAUGGAUGCUUGGAGAGAUCUGCCUGCCAGGUCCCGCGUCAUAUUCGAAAAUUGAUUUUGGUGUUGUUUAUUAAGGAGCUAAACCGGUCAUACUAUCACAUAUUGCAUAAAGGUUUAGCACCUUUCUCUGGGAGAGAGUAUAAAACGAUUCAAGUUAAUGACCCCACACAAAGCAAAUCGUUGGAUUGUGCUUUUUUUAUAAUGCGCUAUGCAGAGAGUUUGAUGUUCCAGAGAUCUGGAGACUUUGUACAAGCUGAUAUGAGAGCUUAUAGAUUUAGACUUGGACAAAUAAUCAUGUCUGACAAAAACUUUAAAAUGUAGAUACUGAACAAUUGUAAUGUACUAUUCUUGUGUUUGUGUAAUUAAAAUUAUGGUGAAUCAA